GGAUCAGAAGAGGCCAAAGCAUUUGUAAAUGCCUUCCUGAAGCGUAGUAUGCCAAAAAAGACAGAUGAAGCUAUCCACGAUAUAUUAACUCGGAAGGCUGUAGUUCUUGAGCAUUAUUCCAAAAAACAGAGGAAGCAAAAGAGGAAAAAACCGAAAGGUUUUACUGCCAAGCAAAGGCGAGAAAUGCGUCUUUUUGAAAUUGAACCCGAACAACAAAGAUACAGUAUCUUUCUACCACUACAUGAACUCUGGAAACAGUAUAUCAGAGACCUAUGUCAUGGACUUAAACCAGACACGCAACCACAUAUGGUUCAGGGCAAACUGCUAAAAGCUGAUCUCCAUGGAGCUAUUGUUACAGUCACAAAAUCAAAGUGCCCCUCUUAUGUUGGGAUAACAGGAAUCAUUCUACAGGAAUUUAAACACGUCUUCAAAAUUAUCACUAAAGAUGACAAAUUAAAAGUUGUUCCCAAACUUAACAGUGUAUUUAGCUUGGAAAUUGAUGGAUUCAUUUCCUACAUCUAUGGAAGCAAGUUCCAGCUUAGAGCAAGUGAGCGAUCUGCAAAAAAAUUCAAGUUGAAAGGAACUAUUGACCUAUGA